AUGCCCUCCUCCAUCGCGCUGAGCCCGGCCCAGCCGUCCAGCGGGCCGGUCGCGGCCCCCCUGGCGAAAAAGGACCGACCGCCGCCGUGCUGGGAGUGCCUGCGCCGCCGAUGGGUCUGUGACAGCUCUCGACCGGUCUGCCACCGCUGCCGCGACGCCGGCAUCGUCUGCCCCGGCUACGGCGACCAGAAGCCCCUGACCUGGCUCGCUCCCGGCAAGGUGUCCGCGCGGCCCAGACGACCGCGGACCGACAACAAGGCGCCGCCGCCCAAGUCGGCACCUGCCAUCCGCCUCAAAUCGGAGUCGAAGAGCCCGACGCCGAUGAGAGCGUCCUUCCCGAGUGCCGGUCAUCGAGGGAACGGCCGGAUCGUGCCGAUCAUGGCGCCGGCCGAUGCCGACGUCGACGAGGUCGAGUGCAACACGCUCGCCGUAGUCGUCCGGCGGGAACACCACGACAACGUCGCUCGCCGCCGAUGCCAGGCCGGCGGCGGCGUUCCUCGAUUCCUGCGAGACGACCUCUCCGACAUCGCCGAAGCCGCCGUGUACUACAACGCCCAGGUGUACCCCUCCCUGCUUGCCAACCAACUCGCGCCGAGCCCCUUCAUCGGCCCCAUCUGCGGCAUCGACCUCGCGCCGCCUUCGAUGCGCCACGCCCUCAUCUCCAUGGCCCUCGGCCACCGCAUACUCCAGCUCCCGCCCGAGCACCGCAUCGACGGACGGCCCGCCGGCAUGCUCCCGGCCACCGGUGCCAUCUCCGACCCCCUGCCGGGCCCCAUCACGGGGCCCGCCGGCAAGCUCUGGUGGCGGCUCCAUAACCAUCUCGGCACCGCCAUACAGAUGCUCAACGACGAGCUCGCCCGCGAGGGCUCGCAGACGACGGCCCUCACCAUCGUCAGCGUCUUCGUCCUUCUCGCCGCCGACCUUUUUCAAUCCUCCUCGCCGCAGUGGCGUUCGCACAGCAUCGGCUUCUCCACCCUCGUGAGACUCCGUGGCGGCAUGGACAGGCUCAUCAACGAUCCCGAGGAAGGCGACAUGCUGCGACCGAGCAUGCUCACCUUUGUCAUCAUGAGCGUCAUGGCCAACACGACGAGCCCUUCGUACGACCAACCGACGGCGUCGAGCCACAUGGAAACGAUGGACUCGAUCGCGAACCUCUACUACACCGCCAUGUAUCCGCACCUCCCGUGCCCGUCGGAACUCUUUCUCGAAAUCAUUCGCGUCAACGGCCUGAGGCAGGAACUGUCGGUGAGCCUGCUCGAUCCGACGACCGGCGGCGCGACCUCUGCCAUUCGCGAACGGCUGCGAAGCAUCCUCAGCUUCUCGCCCGAUUGCUGGGCCGACUUUCAAAGCGAAACGGCGCCCCUGUCGACCUGGCUGCUCAUCGCCCGCGCCUUCCACUCGGCCACCAUCCUCUUCGCCGACAGCGCCUUGAACAACCCGCUGCCGCUCUCGGCCUGCGUCGAGGACGACGCGACGCCGUCGCCGCCCGGCAGCCCGGCCAAGGCGGGCGAUUCCAUCCGAUCCCAUCACCGCGCUCGCCUCUUCGACCUCGUCGAGAAGGGUUUCGCCGCCGACAACACCAAGUACUGCGUCGUCUGGCCGGCCAUCGUCGCCGGCUUCGAAGCCGCCAAGGGCACCGAGGCCGAGCGGGACAUGGUGCGCGCCGGCCUCACCGACCUGUGCCGCGAGGCCGGCGCGACGACCAUGCUCGCGAGGGAAGUGCUCUCUCGCUUUUGGAAGUCGGGCCGAAGCACGUGGGAUGAGUGCUUCGACAAGGGGUACGCCUUUAUCAUCUAG